UUAUAUUUGCCAAGACAAUUGUUGAGAAUGGAAAUAAAAAAUAAAAAGUCACCAUUAAAUGAACGUUAAAAAUAUAAUUAUUUUCUUCAAGCAAAAAUUAUUCCCAAAAGUUUUACAGAGAAACAAUCCAAUGGAAACCCUCAAUCUUCAACCUUCAUCAUCUUCUUCAAUCUUCAACUGUUUUUCUCCAUCUCUUCCACACAAACACGCCCUUCACUUCUUUAGGACCAAAUCUUCAGCUUCUCCACCACCUUCAUUCCACUCCCAAACUCCAAGAAAAUUCUUCAAGAAACCACCUUUCAAAUCUCCCGCCAAAAAUGUUCGGAAAUUCAAAGAAUCUGAUGCAUUUCCCAUGUCAUUGCCUAUCCAAGGAAGAAACCCAUUUGCGAUUUACAGUGAUAUACAGAGAUUUGCUGAGCAGAACAAGCUUAAAGAAGCUCUUGCUAUAUUGGAUUAUAUGGAUCAGAGGGGAAUUCCGGUUAAUCCGACGACAUUUUCGAGUUUAAUUGCGGCGUGCGUGAGGUUAAAGGCUUUAGCUGUUGGGAGAAAGAUUCAUGUUCAUAUUCGUAUUAAUGGGCUUCAAUGUAAUGAGUUUUUGCAGACUAAGCUUGUGCAUAUGUACUCGGCUUGUGGGUCUAUUGAAGAUGCACGGAAGGUGUUUGAUGAAAUUCCUAGCAGAAGUGUUUACGCGUGGAAUGCGUUGCUUAGGGGGAAUGUGAUUUUGGGUGGGAGGCAGUACGGGGAAGUGCUGCAUACGUUUGGGUUGAUGAGGGAGUUGGGGAUUGAGUUGAAUGUGUAUUCGUUUUCUUGUGUGAUCAAGAGUUUUGCGGGGGCGAAGGCGUUUAAUCAAGGGUUGAAGACGCAUGGGAUUUUGGUGAAGAAUGGGUUGGGGAGUAGUAAGAUUUUGAGGACUAGUUUGAUGGAUAUGUAUUUUAAAUGUGGGAAACCGAAGCUUGCGCAUAGAGUUUUUGAGGAGUCGGAGGUGAGGGAUGUUGUGGCGUGGGGUGCAAUGAUUGCGGGUUUUUCUCAUAAUAGGUUGCAAAGAGAAGCGUUGGAGUACACGAGGUGGAUGGUGAAGGAAGGUGUAGAAGUGAAUUCAGCUGUAAUUACUAUGGUUCUUCCUGUUAUAGCAGUUGUAAGGGCGAAAAAACUUGGGCAGGAGGUUCAUGCUUACGUGAUCAAGACGAAGCAUUACUCGAAUCAGUUGUCUAUUCAAUCUGCUUUAGUUGAUAUGUAUUGCAAGUGUGGGGACAUGGUUUCAGGAAGGACAGUUUUUUAUGGCUCUGCAGAGAGAAAUGCUAUUUCUUGGACUGCUCUUCUGUCAGGUUAUGUUUCAAAUGGGAGGCUCGACCAGGCUCUGAGAUCAAUUGAAUGGAUGCAGCAAGAAGGGUUCAAGCCUGAUACAGUCACAAUUGCCACAGUUCUUCCUGUGUGCGGGAAGUUGAGGGCUUUGAAGCACGGGAAGGAACUCCAUGGGUAUGCAGUGAAGAAUGGCUUUCUUCCCAAUGUAUCCAUAGCUACUUCUCUCAUGAUGAUGUAUUCAAAAUGUGGUUUGCUGGAAUACUCUAUUAGGGUGUUUGAUAAAGUGGAAUUUAGGAAUGUAAUAUCAUGGACUGCCAUGAUUGAAUCAAACAUAGAGAGCGGCUGUCUACAUGAAGCACUUGGUGUAUUUCGCUUAAUGCAGCUGUCACAACAUAGACCAGACACAAUUGCUUUAUCAAGAAUGUUAAGUGUGUGCAGUGGAGUUAAAGCGUUAAAGCUUGGGAUGGAGAUUCACGGACAAAUCUUAAAGAGAGAAUUCGGAGCCAUCCCAUAUGUUUCUGCAGAAGUAAUAAAAAUGUAUGGAGCUUGCGGUGCAAAAGGCAAGGCCAAGUUAUCUUUUGAUAUAGUUCCUAUAAAGGGAUCAAUGACAUGGACUGCCAUUAUAGAAGCUUAUGGGUCUGGUGGCUUUUAUCAAGAAGCAAUAGACCUUUUUAAGCAAAUGAUUUCUGAUGGUGCCUCUCCCAGUCAUUUUACUUUUGAAGCUGUCCUCUGUAUCUGUGAUCAAGCUGGAUUUGCAGAUGAGGCUUGCAAAGUAUUUAAUUUGAUAACUCGAACUUACAAAAUAAAGGCGACCGAGAAACAUUACACUAGCAUCAUCAACCUUCUCAGCCGCUAUGGUCGCGACGAGGAGGCUCAAAGAUUCGUUCAGUUGAGAUCAGCUGUUUUGUGAUAACUUUACCAAUGAAAUAGAUACCAUGCAGUACAUCAUUUACCAAUAGUGAUAACUUUCUAUAUUUUUUGUCUACGUUAU